AUGACAAAAUCCGUCAAUACCACCAAAUUUCUUGUGUGUCUGUUCCUCCUUAUAUUGGGUCUUUCUGACCCCAUUUCUGCUACUACAUACACAGUCCUUUGGAGAAACCUGGAUGUUAAUCUUACCCUUUAUCCUGUGGGGAAGCAAUUUCAUGUUGGUGAUAUCCUAGAAUUCAAGUACACCCCAUUUGUCAGUGCUGUUUUCGUCGUUGAUCUUAUUGGUUAUGUUGAUUGUGAUCAUAGUCGAGGAUACCUUGCUGAUAGCACAUACUCUGGCGAUACUUUUGUUACUCUUAACCAAACUGGAACUUGGUACUUCAUUUCCUUCUUCGAACAGUGUCUCACGGGACUAAAUCUCAUAAUCCCCGUCUCCUGA